GUGGGCGGCGUGAUUUAGGGAAGUGAGAGUUUGUGAAUCUCGAGGGCCCAGUCUUGUGAUCAGCCAGGGGGCCGCCUGUUCUCGGUCCUGGGGGCCCUCCCCCGCCCAUCUCAGGGCUGACUUAUGGACUCCCGUCUACGCAGGGGUGGAGCCCAGAUCUGCCAGAACUGUUACACCAUGGGGACCCCACCUCCACCACCCAAGCCCCUGUCCUCUUGUUUCAGACCUCCUCACCUCAUGACGACCCUCCUGCUCCUGGCAGGGCUCCUGCGGGCCGCCGCCGCCGCCACCACCAUCUCCUGCUAUGGAGACGCUGGACAGCCUGUGGACUGGUUUGUGACCUACAAGCUACCAGCCCUGCCUGAUUCCUUGAAAGGACUCAACUACAUGUACCUGGAUGGAAACAGUGGGGGCUGGCAAGAGGGUGCCAUCUCCAUUGACAGCACCCAGGGGGCUGUGGGACGGACCAUGAAUCAGCUGUACCAAGGCAACUUGAGUGAGCUGGCUUACCUACUGUACAAUGACCAGCCACCCUUAGGUAAUGGAGGCCCUGAUACCACCUACCGAGGACACACCAAGGGUGUGCUUCUUCUGAACAGAGAUAGUGGCAUCUGGUUGGUCCACAGCGUCCCUCACUUCCCACCACAUGCUAACUCAUCCUAUAACUGGCCCCAAACUGCCCAGACCUAUGGACAGACCCUACUCUGUGUCACUUUCACCUAUAGCCAGUUCCGAGAGAUUGGCAAACAGCUGACCUACACCUAUCCCCAGGUAUAUGACUACAGGCUAGAAGGAACCUUUGCCCAGGACCUGCCGGAGCUAAAACGUGCUGCUGAAGGUCACCAUGUGGGCCAGGGCCCCUGGAAUCGAGGUGUCACUCUCACCUCAAGAGCCGGGGUUGUCUUCCAGAGUUUUGCCAAGUUUAAUGACUUCCAAGAUGACCUGUAUUCUGGCUGGCUGACCACAGCUCUGGGUAGUGACCUGUUUGUCCAGUUCUGGCCCAGAACAAGUAAAGUGCUGCCUUCCAACUGUUCUGGCCCCUUCCAUGUGUUAAAUGUGCUGGAGCUGGCCUUCCCUGACUCAACUAUGCCUCCCUUCAGUGCCACCCAUGACCAUGCCAAGUGGUGUGUGGCACUCAACAGCACCUGGACCUGCAUAGGGGAUCUGAACCGCAACUAUGCAGAGGAGCAUCGUGGCGGGGGUACACUCUGUUCCCAAAUGCCUGCCCUGUGGAAAGCCUUCCGGCCACUGGUGAGAAAAUUUGAGCCCUGUUCAUCAUUAACACCUGAGAUCAGGGGUCAUUGAGGGCAGAGGGCAGGGAGAACCCUGGCCCAACCCCUCACAGGGCAGUCUACCUACUCCUGCUCCCAGGAGAGAAUAGAGUAACUGGGAGUCUCCCUGAAAUGUGUGAUCUGUCCUCUGCCCCAUGAGAGCAUGUCUCAUACUCUUCAUUUUCUGCCACACUUUUCCUGUGCCUGAAUUGCCCUCCCCGUCCAACUCUUCCCUUAGUGAAUUCUUAUCCUUUCUUUGUUUUGGAGGCAAUCGGGGUUAAGUGACUUGCCCAGGGUCACACAGAUAGUAAGUGUCUGAGG